AUGUCAAAUAAUUUAGUUUGUACUUAUAAUCAGCCUUCAAAUAGACAAAAGAGGCUUAGUCUAAAAGAGUUCGAAGUGAUGAAGAGGCGUCUACGUGAAGUCGAGACCUUGAUCGACUCUUUCACCGAAAAAAGGGAUGGUGAUAAUAAUUCGCCACCCAGUACACUUCACGAUAGCGAUCAUCAGGUACAAAUGAACAAUAGCUAUCGUGAAGCGAAUGAGCACCUAGAGGAGAUAGUUCGCUCACUAGCUCCCGAAAAUGGAACUCAUUUUCAAAAUGAGAACGCCAACGAGGGGCUCAUUGGCGACCUGUCUGGUGGUUAUUUGCUACAGAAUACUAAGGACCAAGUGAUGGAAAUAUCGCGCAAAGAAAUUGGCGCAAUAUUCAUGGAACGAAAGUAG